AUGGCUUCACGAUUCCCACGUUCCAACCUACACCAGCGCGAUCCUCGUGCCUCCUCAUCCCUUUUCGAUUCAUACGGUGGCGGUUCCCGACCCGCCAGUAAAUCCCCGGGCAGCGUAGGUGGUUACGGGUAUGGAGGAUACACGCCCCCAGCCGGGGACAGCUCUGUGAAUGGCAAUACCAGGGGUGGAUUUCGGUCUGCGACCCCGAACGCCAAGGGUCAUUACUCCGACGCUGUACUUUCCCAUCUAGAGUCUCAAAAUGAUGCAGAGGUCGAAGGAAUCAGCGCCAAGGUCAAAAUGCUGAAAGAUCUCACGGUUGCUAUUGGCGACGAGAUCCGGGAUACCUCCACCAUAUCAGACCUCAACAACACAUUCGAAAACACCCGUGUUCGUCUCCGGGGAAACAUGAACCGUAUGUUGCGGAUGGCAGAGCGCACCGGCGUUAGCUGGAAAGUGUGGCUCGCUUUCUUCUUCGCCGUCUUCCUACUCUUUUUCUACGUCUGGCUGACGUGA